AUGGAACGGCCGCCGUCGCUUUCGACGUACUUCUACUGCGCGACGUCGUGUUUGCUGAUGAUGACGACGACGGCGACUGCCGCGACCGUUACCGUGAACGUUACACAUCUGUGCGAUACUCGGCCCGGGGUAGCAACCAUCGCCGAAACUUCGACUCGGUCUACUGCAGACUCGUAUAUGACGUCUUUGUCACCACCUAAUGAGAACCUGACGGCUGGGCCGUCGUCACCUCCCACUACCGAAACCCCGGCCUCUCGGUUGUCAUCGACUCCUACCGAAAACCUAACGUCUUGGUCGUCGCCGACACCCAUUGAAAACCUAACGUCUUGGUCGACGUCACCACCUAUUGAAAACCUUUCCGUUCGAUCGUCACCGCCGCCUAUUGAAAUCCUUACGUCUUGGUCGUCGUUGCCACCUUCCGAAAACCCAACGACAAUGUCGUCGUUUCUGUCUACCGAAAACUUGACAACAGCGUGGUCUGCACCACCACCUGCCGGUAAUAGGACAUCGUCGUCACCAGAUAUCGACAACCGGACGUCAUCAAUUGCCAGUAUAACCGAGUUCCUGUUAGCCAUCAGUAAACCGGGUAUUAUGGGUUUCACGUACGCCAGCCGGACCGCCUCGAGGCAAUCCUCUUCGUCGCCGAAUGCGUCCACCGGGCCAGUGGCACUCGAGCAGAUGGCGGCGUUCCCCAGUGCCAAGUUUCGCGAGAACGUCAAACUGGACCAACAGACGUCGAGGUCCGAGAGCGGCGAAGGCUCAGGGUCUGCGGCCGCGAUCGGCCUGUUCGGCGUCGGAAUCGUGGUUGGCGACGUCGGGCUCCGGUUCAUCGGCGUGGCUGAGGACGCGAUCAUGUGGCACAGCGUGCCCGCCGAACUCAUUCUUGACCUCUUUAGCAACCCAUAUGAAUGGGACGUCGUGGCGAAAAAAAUCCUACCGUACGAAUGGCCACUGGCUGUGGUCUGCGCCUUAAUGAUAUUCUGCGGUCUGAUACUAGCACGAUACGGAGUAUAUUGGCAGCGGCGGUACAAAGAGGCUAAGUGGUUAGGAGACACUGGCUGGGAGUCGGGUUGCAAAAAGGGUGUGCUGGUCAUUGCCAUUCAAAUGCUUCUACUUAUGUUAGGAGCCGGUGCUUGUGGACUGUUGGUAACGAACGAGACCAUGGGAUCUGCUGUAUCAAGUGUUGGAGACCUGUUGGAAUUUGGUGUCGGUGACUUGGUGGACAUGUUCUCCAUCACUCAAAAACAAAUCAGAACCAUAACCGUCGGGUCAAUGGAUUCGACGACCGAUGCUAUUUUCUCGAAAUUAGACGACAUUGCAGAACAAUUGGGAGGACCAAUCGAAAAUGAUAUAUAUGGCCCUAGUCAUAGAUUUGGUUCCAGGAACAAUGUUUCUAGAGUAGUUCAAGACUUUCAGAAGAUUUUUCCAAAAGCAAAGGAUGUAAUUUCUCAAGCCGAAUUAGUCAGAGAAGACAUUAUUAGGUACAACAAGCAAAUUAUCGACUUGAACGUUGAACUUCAAAUGGUACCCGAACGAUGUCCUCUUGAAGUUUCCGCCAUGUGUGAUAUGAUCUCUGGUAACAAGUUGCAACCAGAGAAUUAUACGUACUUGGAUGAUUUGAUAAAUGUAGUCAGAGGCGUUUUGGAUGUAGAAAACGAUGGUCUAUCAAGUCUACCAUUGACGUCGGCUGAAAGUGCCAACAUUCCAAAGGCUCUAUAUGAACAAACGGAAAAAGAAAGAUGGCGUAUAAAACAAGCUUUGAUGGAUCGCAGACGUCAAUUAGAAUUCUCAAUAUAUCCUUAUGAAAGUCACACGCGUAAACUCGUUUCAAAAUUAAUGGACAUGAAAGAGACAGCUAACAAUUACUUUAUGCGAUUGAAACAAAUAGAGGUGUAUAGGUGGUCCGCUAGUGUUGGAAUAGCAAUCGCUGCACUUUUAGUUUGGAUUUUAUUAGCAUGCAGUAUUGUGGUAAAUUAUUGUUCUCACACAACUUGGGCAAAAUGCUACUUCUUUGGCUGUGUGAGCACAAUGAGAUUGACCAGUUUGGCACUUUGGACAGCGGCAUUGGUGGGUUUGAUAUUAAGCAGCAACGGUGAGGUAAAUAUUUGCAGACCAUUAUAUGACGAACCUAUGUACGAAACUGUAACAAAAAUAAUGGAUUGCCCGACCAUAACAAAUGAACGUGGAUUUUUUUCUUGGUUCAUUUUUGGAAAUGAAACAACCACAGCUCCAUUCAACGAAGUCAUCGAAUCGUGCAGAGAAAAUCGUACAGCGCACUCAACAUUUAAUUUAAAUAAAGUGUUUAACGUAGAAGCUAGUUCAGAUUACAACAAAUGGCCAGGUCUUAUUGAUGCUCUAGAUAGUCUCAAAACAAAAAGGGUCCGCGUGGAAUUGGACUUAAACAGACCACCGUCCACAACUGAUGCAUUGAGGCCGAUUGCCGAAUCAACAAACUUGGACUUUGAAAAGUUUCGAAGUCUCAUUUUGGAGUCUUCGUUGGCUCUUGGCCGGGUGACAUUGUUACGCGAUCAACUCCGUGCACUUUCAACACAAACUGCCACUUUCUCUAAUAUGUUUAAAAUGACAUUAAAGCGUGUAGUGACAAAUAUUACAGAUUUGGUCGAAAAUGUGAUGAGCCCAAUGAGUCAGAAGAAAAAUAUGUUACUAUAUCAUUUAACAUUAAUGGAAGUCGAAAUGCAACCGCUAUCAGAAUCAUUAAACCGGACUUGGGCAAAUGCAUAUACUAGAAUCGAAAAUUCCGAUUUCGAUCAAAUACUGAGAAAGAAUAUGGCUCAAUACACAAACAAUUUAAAACUGCUGUUGGACAAAUAUAAGAUUCACGUAACUGAAGCAGUAAAAACAGAAGCGGCAUCGUGCAGACCCGUAUGGAAUGUGUAUCGAAUUGGAAGAGAUUUAGUUUGCAGGCAAGCUUUGGAUGCCUUGAAUGGAUUUUGGCUUAUAUGUUUUUUCAUCGCAAUGUCGGUUACUGUAGCAAUACCAGUCGUGAAAAAUUUGAAAAUAUUUCAUAAGUCUCCACUAACCUCCAUGUCACUUUAUACCAUACCUCCACCACCGGCAAUGGAACUAAUGUGCACUAGUAGUUAACUUUAAAAACGCCAAACACUUAUCAAGUAAAAUUAUUAAAUUAGAUUACAAAAAGUUGAAUGAAUAAUGUAUUAGCUCAAAGUCAAACUAAACUAGGUAGGUAUAUAAAAUAUAUUUUAAACGAAUAUCUACAUAUUAUGAUUCCAACGAUUUUUAAACCUAU